AUGAUCAAAGUAGACGACGUCCAACAGGAAUUCCUCAUCUGCAACAAUUGUAAUGUGGAUUACAAUGACGAAUUCCAUAUUCCAAGAGUGUUGCCAUGUCUACAUACAUAUUGUCAAGUUUGUCUCCGUAAAUUGUCUGCAGGUAAUGUCAUUGUGUGUCCUAAAUGUAAAGCGAAAAGUCGACUGCCAACCACUGGUAUUCAAGGAUUCCCUACAGAUUCAACAAGACGAAACCUUAGGGAGUUUCUCAAAUUAACAACCGAUAGCUCAUGCUUGAUAUGUAAGGACUGUCCAAACGAUAACAUAGCAUCAUAUUUCUGUAAAGACUGUAAUAUAUAUUUAUGUCAGGAAUGUAAAUAUAUACAUCAAAAAAGUAUGGCGUCAGGAUCUCAUGCUGUUUUCUCUAUCGAAAAUCUGAGAACUUCCGCUCGUCCAGAGGUCUUUCAACGUCGUCUGAAAUGUACAAAGUCGGGCCAUGAGGCAGAACCAUUGACAUACUACUGUUCAAAGGAGGUCUGUAGGAUGUUACUGUGUAGUGUGUGCAAAUUGCGAGAUCACAGUCCAUCUGAAGGCCACGUGAUACAAAAUAUUAAUGAAGUACAGCAACUGAAAAUGAUAGAAAUGACAAGGCUACUGAGCCACCUGGAAGACGUGGUCACUUUAACAAAGACAAUGACUGAUCAACUGAAGCAAGAAGUACUCAAUAUAGAUAUUCGGGAAUUCGAACUGGAAAAAGUUGUGGAGGCAAAAUUUUCUGAAUGUCAAAAAGCGCUAGAAAAACGGAAAAACGAUAUAAAAGCAGACAUUUCAAAACUUUGUGAACAGCAAAAAGCUGCUUUAGUGAGCCAAUCAGAAAAGAUGGGAAACUUCAUUGACAGGGUUGAAAAUGCAUCAAAUUUUUCGCAAGCUAUUUCUACAUAUUCUGCUCCAUCCGAAUUUCUGAUUCUGUACAAUGUUUUGUACCGACAUCUACGAUUGUUGGCUCGACAUAAGCUUAACAAGUCAGUGAAGAUAACCAUCCCAGUCUUCGACACGCGUCAUUUUCUGACACAGUUUACAGCUAUGGUGUCCACGUUAGGAACAGUUUCUACAGAAACAUGCGCCAAGAAUAUGACAUUUUCCCGUAACCACACCGAUCUCACUACAACAUCAAGACCAUCCUCAAUCAAGGUGGCUGCGGAGCACUCGGAGGUUUUAUAUCCACAGAUUAUACUGGAUAGAGAUACUGUCCACAAAUACCGCGCUGUGAGUGACUGUGGUCGAAAACUUCACAGCAAACCUACCUGUAAGAAGAAGCCCAGACAAUCGUCGUAUUCAAGGAGGCAGCUUCGUACUUACAGAGGUGUCGUAGGAGAUCGGUCGCUUAAACAGCCGGGGAGGUUCUAUUUCGAGGUCAUUAUCAACACCGAUGUCCUGAAGGAUUUGGAUAACUCCAAUUUGGUGUUUGAGGUAGGUCUUUGUACAUUGGAGGAAAUUGACCAGGGUUACUACCUGUAUGAGCAAGAUCAUGCAUGGUCACUUUGUGGUCAGCACUGUGAACGCCACGACAUGGUUUGCCGGUUCCUUCGUCACAGAGGAUGCAACUAUUCCCACACGAAACUAAUGUCCAGCACUGCAGGAACUAACCUAUGUUUAGGGUACGGAUUCCUACUAGACACGGAACUGGAAAUGUUAACGGUGUACGAUUGCCUUACACAAAGCAAAGUCUUCUCAUUCGACAAGGUUGACCGCUGUCUUGAACUUUGGCCUGUACUUGGUUGUCAAUGGCCAAGCAAGGUCAAGGUGACUAUGGCUUUAAGAAGUAGUCGGGAUAUUGCUAUGCCAGACUUUCCUGUCAAACGUUCAUGCUCGAUGGUAAUUUAA